GCAUGGGGAAUCAGGUAGAGAAAUUGACCCACUUAAACUACAGAGAGGUUCCCACGGCCGACCCAGCCGGCAUGGACCGAGAUGAGGGCCCCCGAAUUGGAGUUUCUUACAUAUUUUCCAAUGAUGAUGAUGAUGUAGAACCUCAGCAAGACCCAGCAGAGCUCGUCGGGGAGCACCCUGCCUCACAACCCUACGACCCGCAACUUCACGAAGUGGAAUGCUCCAUUUAUUACCGUGACGAGUGCAUUUACCAGAAAAGUUUUUCUGGUGACCACACCUUGUCUGGUGAUGUGGGGGGUGGGGGUGGAGGAGGAGGGGGCGGGGGUGGGAAUUUUACCACCUACACUCCAGAAAACCUACUGAACAAGUGCAAAGCUGGCGAUCUGAUAGAAUUUGUGUGCCAGGCCCAGUAUCCUCACUGGGCAGUGUACAUAGGAGACUUCCAAGUUGUACACCUGCACAGACUUGAAGUGGUGAACAGUUUUCUCACUGACGCCAGCCAGGGCCGACGGGGGCGCAUCGCGAACCACUUGUACCGCUACAAACCACUAAAUCCCGCCACUGUGGUGCGAAACGCCCUGGAUCAGGUGGGUCGCAAAGACCAGGAUCUCAGCUGGAGGAACUCCGAAUGUUUCGCCGCCUGGUGCCGUUAUGGCAAGCGGGAGUUCAAAAUUGGGGGCGAACUGCGCAUCGGGAAGCAACCUUACCGGUUGCAGAUCCAGCUGGGAGACAAACGCAGUCACACGCUCGAGUUUCAGAGCCUGGAAGAUCUCAUUAUGGAAAAACGAAGGAACGAUCAAAUUGGAAAAGCGGCCGUCAUCCAAGAAUUGUCCAGCCAUCUCCAGGCAUCCGAGGCCGUCAACGAAGAGAGUGGUGCUAAUGGCAAACCAGGUGGCUGGACUGCUACUGAGUAGCCAGUCCUUGCACAAGUCUGGCUGCUUAACCUUGGCGAUGGAUUAAAACUGAAUCCUGUGAAAUUGAGCUGUUAUAAGCCCUUUUGGGCUUUUCUAGUGCAGGUUGACUCCAAUCCCAUGUGAAGGAAAGGGGCAAAGCUGAUUAAAGCAUCGGUCCUUCAGCACUUAACUCCUUUGGUGAUUGCUUGAAGCCAGCAAGUUUGUACGGUUGAGGGUUAAAUCUCAGGAACAUCUUCCUCACUCGCUGUUUUAAUGCGUUAAGUCUCUCUCUCUUUCCAAAUUGCACCCCAGUUCCUCCUGCUUUCAGCUUCUUGCUUGUUUUCAAUUGGACAAGGUCCAGCAUUAGUGAACGUAACAGGAUUCAACGUUAUAGCAAGGUCAUUUCUCUCCACACCCCCCCCCCCUUUUUUUUUUUGCUUUACCUCCUACCCUGUUUUGGCAUUUCUGGAAUCUCUCCCUUUCGUUCUGCUGGUUAUAGCCUUCCAUAUCUCUGUGAGGAUUUAAUGGCUAAAGUAUUGUGCAUUUGGAGGGUGACAGGCUUGGGUUGCAUGCGCUGAAGGAUUUGGAAAAGUUGCAAAACAGAAGUAGCAUUUAUUGGUUGUGGCCGAAGGGCCUUUUCUGGAUGGUGUGGAGGAAUGUACACUCUUUGCACAGAAGUGGGAUUACAAAGUGGAAUUACCUUGGAAUAAGGGCUGUGGCUUUUCAUUUAGGAACCAGCUACCAAGAAAGUUUUUUUUUUUUGCUUUAAUUACAGUUGAGUUAAGCCAUGGCCAGCCAGCCUUUUUAUAAGUUAUUGAAGUGUAGUGGGAAGGCAGCUAAACCCUCUUAGCACCAGUGGUUACAGCAGGAUUAAUUUGCUACAAAUCCAAGUACUGUUUGGGCACAUUAUGUAUUGUUGGAAAAGGUGACACAAGAGACAGGCAACGUUUUUGAAAAUGAAUUUUAUUCCUAGGCAGUGAAGCUGGUUGUUUUAGUUUUACUCUUAAAUGCCUGAGGACUAGGCUGUUAGUGCAUUGGGGGCGGGGGGGGGAAUCCUUUUUCAGUCUGUUUUAUCAUAUUUCUUUAUGUAUAAAAUCAUUGAUUUCAGAAGCCCGUUUGUUUUCAUUCUGUGAGUAAGGCAGCAAAACACAUCCUUCCUAUUAGCAAUAGGGGGGGGAAAAGGAAAGAGAUGGUACACAUUGUUCAUUUUCAGGUUCGGAAAUUUCAGUCUUCAGCCCCUCAAGCUGAUCUCUGUUGAUGCCUUCUUUUUUCUUGGUGGACUUUUGCUUCUCUAGGGGUAUUGUGAACGCAAGGAAGAGAAUGCAGCUGUUCCCCCUUGUAGAAAUGGAGGAGAUUCAAAGAUUUGCCUUGUUGGCAAGUCACAAUUAUAAAAAAGAGAACUGGUAAAAAGUUCUGCUUGGGCAUUAUUGCUGCUAACAUGAAACUGCAGCUGUGUAGUUGCCAAUCCUAUUUUUUAAAAAAACUCUUCCACCUGCAUUAACUAGGAGGAGUUGCUUUGUAGCUAGGAAUUUGUUAUCUUCAUUCCGAUCAGCAAAUAGAAGGAUCAAUAAUUGUGUGUUUUGGUCAACAGACUGUUAACUUCCUUGCUAAUGGCUGAUUUCUCAUAAAAGCCUCUGAUUUGUUUUAAGUAGUAAAAUUGCACAUUUGGAAGCAAAGGUGUUUGGUGUAACUAAGCAGCAUUUUAAAACAUGCUUAGCAAUUAUUAACCAGCAUUUAAAAUAGACAAUAUUCUCGGCUACCUCUUCAUUGCAAAACCAUAUAAGAGAUGAUUUUCAACCGCACCCAACCGAUUCCCACCUUUGCAGAGGGUUGAAUUGAUGUUCCGGUGGUUGGUUAUCCCUCUAGAGUAAGUGACAUAUGGAUGGUAGGAUUGAUAAGUGAGGGAAAGACAGUGAUAUAGAAGUCUUGCUCCUUUUUCACUUUGUACUUCGUUUGUUCCAGCGGUGGCUAGACGGAGCCACAAAUCAGUUUAGACAAAUCACUGAUCAUUUGAGGCCGGUGGUCCUUGAUCGUGUAAAGAAACAUUCUCCGGUGUCCUUUCUUUCUUUUUUCUUUUUGGUAACAUUCAGCCAGAAGUUAGUAAUCACAUGACGAAAGGCUGUUUUGCUAUCAAAAAGUUCCACCCUUCACAAAAAGAAAUAAAUAAACCUUUCCUGUGUUUUGAAAAAUGCCUAGUAAGGAAAAAUGCCCUGUAAUGUCCUUCUACCUUUUUGCUGCUUAGUUUAUCUUCACUUUAGCUUCCUACAUAUUGGGACACCCAAACCAGGUUCAUUUCCCCAAUUCCUCACCUAUAGAUUAAAGCGGUGCGAGCCAGGGAAUUUGCUACAGUACUGUAUUCUGCUGAAGGUACAACCCACCAUUGUCAACCCAUAAAUUUCUCGCAUACCAAACAAGGACCAACUUAACUUCAAGAACUUUGGUUUAUUCUGCUAACACACUGUGUGGUUAUUUGCAUUAAGGAAGAGGGAAGCGAGUCGUGCAGAAAGUGAGAUAAUCCAGCACUAAUUUGGUUUCCACCCCCUUGCUUCUGAGAGUUCAGAAUUUGCGAUAAGCAAAGUUGAUAAAAGUCUCAAGGAGAUACCUGUUGUGUUGGAAACAGUGUCUUUUUAGGAACGUGAUGUAUUCUGAGGUAUGUGCUCUGCAUACCGUGAUUGUCAAGCUCAUAUGCAAUAUUGUAUGUUUUUAAGCACAAAAUCUAAAUAUACCGAACUUGGCUGUUGACAAACAGAACAGGUCCUUAAGCAGUACUGGUGAGGGCAUCUGGAGGUACUUCUGAUGGAUGCUCAUCAAAGCUUCUACAGCUCUCACCGUAAGAGGAAAAUUUGCAGUGGAAAAAUUCUGCAUAUAUUUCCCAGGAAUUUACACAAUAAGCAAGACUUUACUUCCAUUUUAGGACUGAUCAGCAUGGAGAACUCAUUAAAAUAAAUUAGUAAAUGUUUACUGCUAUUAAAGAGGCCAAGACGAUGUUCUUCCUGUUAAAUCCAGCAACUGUAUCCUAGCUUCAGAGUUGAUAUUUAGUUAUUAAUGAUUCUGAAUUUUGUAGAGAACAAAACUUAUUUCGCUAUGUAAUAGUGGUUGUAAAAUGAUAUUUUCUUACAAGUAUUUUUGAAAGGAAUUCCAUCAUGAAAAUAUUUACAUUUUUUGAAAGUUGUAUUAUUUUCACAGAGAAAUAUAUCCUCCAAAUCAAUUUUUGUUUAUUUUUGUCAUUGGUAAUUAAAAGUAUUUUCUAGAUCAUAAAUAAAGUG